UGUAUUUCAGCUGACGUGAGUGAAAGGGUUGCCGCGAUUUUAAUUUGCGGCGAGUGAAUGAUUAGCAAAGCUAGCAAAAAGUCUUCAUCUUCCAAGAUGACCAUUUCCGUACAUGUGUAUACAUGUGUAACCGUAGAAAAAUGCAUGCACUGACUGACUGAAUUAUGCAGCUUCUCGCGCUAACUAUCAACGUCAUGGAAAAUUCUUUUAUGGGUUUGUGCAAAUUAAAUAAAAUUAACAUGUAUGCGAUCGAGAUGUACCCAGUUGAGCAAUCGCAAAGUCUUUUUCUUCCUAAUUAGAUGACCAUUUCUUGUACUUGUGUAACCGUAAAUGCACUGAACUUAGUGCCUCAUCUACCUAUCUGCAUCACUGACCAUUUCUAUAACGAACUCCGGCCACAAAGUUCAGUUAAUGUUCAGUAAUCUCAGUAUAUAUAUCCAUGUCAUUCGAUCGGCACUGAUCACUCCACAUCAAAACUAAUCCCGAUCAUUCGAUCAAAGACACAAAGAAGAAGAUCAAGAACACAACACCCAUCAAAUUACAUCCAGGUCAUAGAUAUUCGAUGGAUUAUUAUCACUUCGAUUUCGACUUGGCAGGCCACGAGACGCUGGCCAAGUUCGCGGCGUUCGUGGUGGUGCAGGCGCUGGUGUACCUCAUCCUCUCCUACUCCUCCGCCGUCUUCGUCUCCGGCGGCGUCGCCGGCCACGGUAGGAGCGCCAGCUUCCGGCGGCCGGACGGCGUGGAGAGGUCGGAGAGCGCCCGCCGCAUGGCCGCGCUGCUCGCCGCCGAGAUGACGCCGCGGUUCGGCGGCGGCGAGCCGUCUAGUCCCGCCGGCGGUGGCCAGCCGCAGGGAGGGCGAUCGACGUCGAACGACGACGACGGCGCGCGCGGUGACGUGGAGCUGGAGCUUCUGCUGAUCCGAUGCUGCUCCUUCUCGUGCUGAUUUUUUUUUUUUUGGUUUGAUUUUGGUUUGGUGUGUAAUUAAUUUCAGUUCUGGAUGUAUACGGUUUGUAUGCAUGGCUGCAAAAUUCUUUCAUUGUUCGUUUGAAUGCUAAGUAAGAUGCAUAUAUUAAUGUAUCCCGGUAUAAUUUGAGUUA